AUGGCUCCGGCUGGCUUGGACCUUUCGCUUGAAGAGGUCAUCAAAACCUCAAAGGGUGAUGGAAGGGGCAAAGGAAAAAAGCAGGAGGCAGCCCAGGAGUCGAAGGCAGAGAAGGAGGAAGAGAUCAAUCUGGACAUGAGCCUGGACGAACUCAUUGAGAAGGAGUAUGUGCCAGCAAAGGGCAGAGGCAAAGGCAAGAAGGACGAGUCUUGGGACAACAGUUGGCAGCCGGAGCGUGCGCCGAAAGGAAAGUCCUGGGAUGCAUCAGAUUGGAGCUACGAGAAGCCCAAGAACGCAGGCAGCUCCUGGAAGGAUUCUUGGAAAGAUACGGACAAAUGGAAGCCAGCAGGUGGUGGAGCCAAGUGGAAGCAAGAGGAGACUUGGAAGGAGCCGGACACCUGGAAGAAGAACGAUUGGAAGAAG